GUUCAGUGUUUCAAAGCGUUUGGAGACUGCUAAAGGAUUGGAUGCAAGCACUCACUGCCCCAUCAUGGAGAAGCUGGAGAGAAUUCGCCCCAACAGGCAAGUAAUGGCUUUUAUUUUUAUGAUGGUAUUGGUUCAAGUUUGCAGUGAGGCGACAAUUCGGUACUCUGUCUUGGAGGAAACAGAAAGUGGCUCCUUUGUAGCCCAUCUGGCCAAGGAUCUGGAACUGGGAUCUGGGGAGCUGGCUGUCAGGUCUGCAAGGGUGGUGUCUGAUGAUUUCAAGCAGCGGUUGCUGCUGGAUCCUGAGACUGGGGAUUUGCUUCUGAGGGAAAAACUAGACCGGGAAGAGCUGUGUGGCUCUGUGGACCCUUGUGUGCUGCAUUUCCAGGUGUCUCUUGAAAAGCCAGUGCAAUAUUUUCAAGGAGAAUUAUUGAUCCAGGACAUAAAUGAUCAUUCACCAGAAUUCAAAGAUGGAAAAUUGCUCUUGAAAAUACCGGAAAACAGCCAGCCAGGAGCACGGUUUUCAAUGAAAUUAGCCCAGGAUUUGGAUGUGGGGAGCAACGGGCUUCAACAGUACACAGUCAGCCCCAACUCUCAUUUUCAUGUCCUCACUCGAAAUAACAGUGAAGGAAAGAAAUACCCAGAGUUGGUGCAGGACAGAGCCCUGGACAGAGAGGAGCAGGAAGAACUGAGCUUAACCCUCACGGCAGUGGAUGGAGGGUCUCCUCCUAGGUCAGGUACAACCAUGGUUCGAAUCCUGAUCCUGGACAUCAAUGACAAUGCUCCUGAAUUUGUGAACACUCCCUAUGAGGUGCAGGUCCCUGAGAACAGCCCCCUCAAUGCCUUAGUUGUCAGGGUCUCUGCCAGGGACUUAGAUGCUGGGAUACAUGGUGAUGUAGUCUACUCUCUGUUCCAAGGUGGUAGAGCAUCUCAACCAUUUGUAAUAGAUGAAACCACAGGAGAAAUUCGGUUGAGCAAAGAGUUGGAUUUUGAGGUAACCAGCUUUUACAACAUAGAAAUUGAAGCCACAGAUGGAGGGGGCCUUUCAGGCAAAUGCUCUGUGGCUGUACAGGUGUUAGAUGUGAAUGACAAUGCUCCUGAAUUGAUCAUUAGGAAGCUCACAAUACCAGUCCCAGAAAAUUCCCCAGAGACUGUAGUUGCUGUUUUCAGUGUUUCUGAUUCAGAUUCCAGGGACAAUGGAAGGGUGGUGUGUUCUAUUCCAAAUGAUCUCCCAUUUCUCUUGAAACCUACUUUCAAGAACUAUUACACCUUAGUGACAGAGGGCCCCCUGGACAGAGAGAGCAGAGCCGAGUACAACAUCACCAUCUCCGUCUCCGACAUGGGCACACCCAGGCUCACAACCCAGCACACCAUAACAGUGCAGGUGUCCGACAUCAACGACAACGCCCCCGCCUUCACCCAAUCCUCCUACACCCUGUCUGUCCGCGAGAACAACAGCCCCGCCCUGCACAUAGGCACCAUCAGAGCCACAGACUCAGACUCUGGCUCCAACGCCCACAUCACCUACUCGCUGCUGCCGCCCCAUGACCCGCAGCUGGCCCUGGCUUCCCUCAUCUCCAUCAACGCAGAUAAUGGGCAGCUGUUCGUGCUCAGGGCGCUGGACUAUGAGGCCCUGCAGGCCUUCGAGUUCCGCGUGGCCGCCACAGACCAAGGCUCCCCUGCCCUCAGCAGCCAGGCGCUGGUGAGCGUGCUGGUGCUGGACGACAAUGACAAUGCGCCCUUCGUGCUCUACCCUCUGCAGAACGCCUCUGCGCCCUGCACUGAGCUGCUGCCCAGGGCGGCAGAGCCCGGCUACCUGGUCACCAAGGUGGUGGCAGUGGACCGCGACUCUGGCCAGAACGCCUGGCUGUCAUUCCAGCUGCUCAAGGCCACGGAGCCAGGGCUGUUCAGCUUGUGGGCACACAAUGGCGAGGUGCGCACCACCAGGCUGCUGAGUGAGCGCGAUGCCCCCAAGCACAGGCUGCUGCUGCUAGUCAAGGACAAUGGCGAUCCUCAGCGCUCUGCCAGUGUCACUCUGCAUGUGCUGCUGGUGGAUGGCUUCUCCCAGCCCUACCUGCCUCUGCCAGAGGUGGCGCGCGACCCCGCUCAGGAUGGUGAAGAUGUGCUCACGCUGUACCUGGUCAUCGCCUUGGCGUCUGUGUCUUCACUCUUCCUCUUGUCUGUGCUGCUGUUUGUGGGGCUGAAGCUGUGCAGGAGGGCCAGGGCGGCCUCUCUUGGUGGCUGCUCUGUGACUGAUGGACGUUUUCCUGGCCACCUGGUGGAUGUCAGCGGUACAGGGACCCUUUCCCAGAGCUACCAGUAUGAGGUGUGUCUUAAGGGAGAUACUGGAACAAACGAAUUUAAUUUUCUUAAACCAUUAUUUCCUAACCUGCAGACCGAGGCAGCUACUGAAGAAAGGAAAAACCCUGUUGUGCGCAAUAGCUUUGGAUUCUAUUAGCUUAUUUUGAUGUGGCGUUUACCUCGUUUCUCCUUAACUCUCCCUGACAAUAUUUAUAGUGCAUGAAACGAUCCCGAGGUAUAUGCUCAAUUUAUUUUUUUGUUUUAAUAGAAUCAGGUGUGAUUCUAUUCUAGAAUGUUUGAGUCUACUUCAUAAUGUUUGUUUAUAUUUCUAUCCUCUUCUAAUGCAUGCUGUUUUUUAAUUAUUAUAUUUUUGGUCUUUUAAGUUCUGGUAUUUGCUGUAAGGAAUCAGAACUGCUUUCAUUGUUAGUGGAGCCCUUUUUCUUAUUUGAGAUAGGCUCUGGAUGAUAUGGAAUGGUUAUGUACAGACUGACUUCAAAUUUAUGAUGCUCCAUCUGCUUCCAUGGCCCUACAUGAUGGAACUAUGAGCAUGGUCAAGCAGGCUCAGGUAGGAGAACUGCCUUAAUAAAUAA